AGGCGGUGAUAUUUGUUGGGUGAGAGGAAUACGCGCGGGAAAGAUCUGGCAAGGGAGAAGAAGAGCGAGCGAUUCACAUCAUGGCGACCCCUGCAACACAGUCGCUGAAGUGCGUGGUGACUGGUGACGGUGCGGUGGGCAAGACAUGUCUUCUCAUCUCUUACACCACCAAUGCCUUCCCUGGCGAAUACAUCCCCACCGUCUUUGACAACUACUCCGCCAGCGUGAUGGUCGACAACAAGCCCAUCAGUCUCGGCUUGUGGGACACGGCAGGGCAAGAAGAUUACGACCGACUCCGGCCCCUCUCCUACCCCCAGACCGACGUCUUCCUCAUAUGCUUCUCCAUCGUCAGUCCGCCAUCUUUCGACAACGUCAAGGCCAAGUGGUAUCCCGAAAUCGAGCACCACGCCCCCAGCGUCCCCAUCAUAUUAGUCGGCACGAAGCUCGACCUGCGAGACGACCCCGAGGUGCGAGAGCAGCUGCGGCAGCGCAAGAUGGCGCCCAUCCAGUACGAGCAGGCGGUGCAAGUGGCCAAGGAGAUCCGCGCGGUGAAGUACCUCGAAUGCUCCGCCCUGACCCAGCGGAAUCUCAAGAGCGUCUUUGACGAAGCUAUCAAAGCCGUCAUCAGCCCUAAGCCGCAAGAUCGAGGUCGCAAGAGCAAGAAAUGCACCAUCUUAUAGGAGAGGAGCGUUUUCCUUCUGCUUCUUUGCAUCUUCUUUGCCCCGUUUCGGCGCAUCAUUUCCAAAUCGGUUGCUUGCGCCUCGCCUGGGUUUCGAAGGGAGUACGGAGUGGCGGCGCAGUUUCCGCAACAUUGAUCGG